AUGAACAGGAGGACAGAGAGAACCGGAGUCGAGCCCGGACAUCAUCCACGGGUUACCCAAUAUGAGACUUCUCCAAGAACAGUGCCAGAUUUGGCAAGAAGUAUCAAGGGGCUGAGAGAAAAAAAUUCCAGGGUUCUUCAAAAUACAUGA